AUGAGUAUGGAAACGAUUGUCAUCACCAGCAGCAAUGCCUGCGCUUCCUACCACCUCUCUCUUUCCACCUCUCUCUCUCUCUCUUUUCACCUCUCUCUCUCUCUCUCUCUCUUUCCACCUUGCAACUCUUGCUCUUUUCACCUCUCUCUCUUUCCACCCCCUCUCUCUCUUUCCACCUCUCUCUCUAUUUUCACCUUGCAACUCUUGCUUUUUUUUCUCUCUCUUAAUACCUCUCUCUCUCUUUCCACCUUUUGCAACUCUUGCUUUUUCACCUCUCUCUUUCCACCUCUCUCUCUCUCUCUCUUUUCACCUUGCAACUCUUGCUCUUUUCAUCUCUUUUUUAUUACACUCUCUCUCUUUCCACUUGCAACUCUUGCUCUUUUCACCCUCUCUCUUUCCAUCCCCUCUCUCUUUUCCACCCUCUCUCUCUUUUCACCUUGCAACUCUUCCUCUUUUCACCUCUCUCUUUCCACCUCUCUCUCUCUUUCCCCUCUCUCUCUUCUCAGCCUCUCUCUCUUUCCACCUCUCUCUUUUCACCUCUCUCUCUCUUUUCCCCUUGCAAUUCUUGCUCUUUUCACCUCUCUCUUUCCACCUCUCUCUCUCUCUUUCCACCUUGCAACUCUUGCUCUUUUCACCUCUCUCUCUUUCCACCUCUCUCUCUCUUUUCACCUUUGCAACUCUUGCUCUUUUUCUUCUCUUACCAUUUCUCUCUUUCUCUCUCUUUCCACCUCUCUCUCUUUCCACCUCUCUCUUCGACCCUCUCUUUUCCACCUCUCUUCGACCUCUCUCUCUUUCCAAUUCUCUCUCUUUCCAACCUCUCUCUCUCUCUUUACCUCUCUCUCUCUUUUCCCCCUUGCAAUUCUUGCUCUUUUCACCUCUCUCUCUUUCCACCUCUCUCUCUCUUUUCACCUUGCAACUCUUGCUCUUUUCACCUCUCUCUCUUUCCACCUCUCUCUCUCUCUUUCCACCUCUCUCUUCGACCUCUCUCUCUCUUUUCACCUCUCUCUCUUUACACCUCUCUCUCUCUUUUUACUUCUCACUUUCCAACUCUGA